UUAUUUUAUGUUGAAACAUUUCUGCUUUACUCUGUUUCGUAUAAAACAUCUGAGAAAACACUACAUUAUAUCUGGAGAUCUCAGAGGUGGAAAAGGGGAUUAUUUGGGUGAUAUUAGUGAUACUCUUGAAAAACGACUUUAGGCCUUAAUACUGGUUUAAACUCUUCCUGGUUUAGUAAACGAUGGUAAUGGCAACUAAAACCAGUACCUCCGUGAUUUCAAUUAAACUUCCAUUCUUUAGUUUAGAUUAUGUUUUAAGCAUUAUAAAAUAUAAUUUAAAAAUAAAAUAGUCGCGUAUUAAAAAGACGUACUUGCAACCCAUCCUGUACAGGCCGUCUUUUAGUAGUCGGUGUUCAUUUAAGAUCCGGAGACAGGACGAGUGUGAGUCUAUUUUAUCAUAAACGCCAGUUAUUUGAUUUGCUUUUUGCGCACUUUUUGGGAAAAAAAACUGUAACUAUAUUUCUGUAAUAAUAUCUCUGCUUGUAACGGGUGAAAUAAGUCGUGGCUCCUUUAAGAGCAGCAUCUGGGAGUAGUGGGUACAUGAGCACGAGUACCGCAUGAGCACAAGACCGAGGAUUGUUUUAAUUAUUUCUGUAGCACUGAUAUGACCUGCUGGUGUUAUUAUUAUUCAUCUUAUCCGUGUUCAACUUUAAGUAGCUUUUACAUUUUUUAACGAUCAGAAGCAUAGAGAGCUGAGAGUUUUAGCGAAGAUGGAUGAGAUUCAGCUGGACAUGAACUGUGAAAAACUUCACAGUAAUGGUUUCUACAACUACUCUAUGCAACUGCAGGAUUCCUCACAGAUAGAGGAGUGUGAUCUCCGAUGGAAAGCAGAGGACGGGACGGUGCUGGGCCUGGGAAAUUACUUAGUCCGUGAAUACUGUGAACGUGGGAUUCGCUACAUUGAUGAAUGUAAAAAGGAGGUGUUUAUUUUUAAUGUUUUUAACAGCACCUCUGAUGAUCCUUUUGAGGAUCGCAAACUUUUUCAUCUCCUAUGGCUGAUUCCGAUCGGACUCAUUCUGUUUGUCCUCUUGAAGUUGUUUAUUUCUGGACAAAGGGGGGGCCCUGGCAAUGUGAGCCAUAAUGAGAAUAUGAAUGGCGGGUUGGGAACCAAGCUGCCUUUCUGUUUAGAAGCAAUGAAGAAUCCGGAGUAUCUGAGUGAGGAUCACGGUUUCAGCCUCAGCACUUCAUCUCGUCAUCUUUCCGGCUUUUUUUGUAGUUUUGUAUUAGGCAUACCUGCAUUUUCACUCCACUUUAUCCAGUUAUUAUACACUAAUAAUAGCAACAAAUGGCAAAUUUUUUUAGCAUUUCAGAGUAAUUAUUAUUAUUAUUAUUAUUAUUUUUUUUUUUUUAUACUAUGUGGCAAAAGUAUUUAUUAGUGAUGCACCGAAUAUUCGGCCACCGAAAGUUUUCAGCCGAAAAUGGCCCAAAAGUGCAUUUCGGUUUUCGGCCAAAAGACUUUGAUCACUGAAAAAACACGGGUGAAACAGUUUGUUGUGAUGACGCAAACAGAAACCCCGCCCUGCACGUGCUUGUCUAAAACAACAUGUCUGCGGUGUGGACGUGUUUCAGUAUAUCUGAGAAAGACCCACGGAUAGCG